AGAAUUUUCAUGAAUGCUAUGACAUAUUUAAAGAUGGAUUGAGUGGUUUUGGAUGGAAUGAUUCUUUAAAUAUGUGGACAGCUGAACCAGAAGUUUGGGAGCCACUCAUAGCGUCUAAACCUGCAGCCAAGAAGUGGAUGACAACACCUAUACCUAACUACUCUAAGAUGGCACAACUUUGGGCUAAAGAUAGAGCAAAAGGUGAUCAUGCUGAAACUGCAAAGGAGAAACAUGCUAGGUAUGUUGCAUCGACCACUAUUGAUGAGAUUGAUAAUUUGAUAUCUCAAAAUGAAGUUUCUUUGGAAAACUUUGAAGUGGAAGAUGAUCAGAGGUCACCAGAAAUUAAUGUUGCACGUUCUCGAGUGUCAUCACAAGAUGCAAUGUCUUCUAGAAGCAAGAAAAGACGACUGGCAGAAGAUGAUGAACUCGGGAAUGUAAUUUCCCAAUCAUUUGAUUUAAAACAAUAA